CAACAAGGGGCGCUACAGAACAAAAUUUUUUUAAUGUUUUUUUUUUUUUAUAUAUAUAUGUAUAAGCCAGUAUGAAAAGACAAAAGAUUAAUUAAAUGACUUUGAUUCGGAUGGACGGGGAACUCAUUUUUUGUUCAAAGGGACUAGUUUCUUUUUCAUUUCCCCCUCCUCGCGGCAUCCUUCUUGUUUGCUGGCUGUGUUUCCUCCCCGGGUGGUUCUGUCAUGUCGGGGAUGCAGCAGCUCAGGCUGCUGGUCAGCGAGCGGCUAACGGCGGCUGCAGAGGAAAUCUUCGGGCUCGUUGAGAGGACAAUAACGGAGUACCAGGAGGAGGUGGUCCGCUCCAAGAGAGAAAUCAUCCAGCUGAGGCAGCAGAUCGAGCAGCUGACCGUCUUACAGCCCCGAGUGUCUUUGUUCAAAGGAGAUUUCGAGUCAGCGUCAGAGAACCAAAGCCAGCCCCCAGCAGAGGAACAAAAGGAAGGUGGAGACCAUCAGCAGGUUAAAGAGGAGCAGCUGGACGUCUGCAUCAUCCCAGACGUUGACACCGAUUCUUCUGACGACGUAAAAGUUUCUCCUUUCGAUUCAGAGACGACCCCUCGCAUCGACCCCCGGCUGUUACCAAGCGUCAGCUCCAUAACGGCCACUCUGAACGGCGGCGACCAGGGAAAAUGGAUUCGGAGUUUUGGCGGGAGCUCGUCGCAUUCUGAUCCGAGUCGCGGCCACGCUUCCCUCACGCAGCCGGAACACGUCCUGGACAGCAAGUCCUGCCGUCUCUGCGGCGUGUCCUUCAUCAGGGACUGCGACCUGAUCAGGCACGUGGACGAGUCCCACGCGGGGCAGAAGGCCUUCAGAUGCUUCGAGUGUCACAAGGAGUUUGCCCGGAAAGACAGCUUGACUUUGCAUCUGAGGGUCCACACGGGCGAGAAGCCGCACAGGUGUUCCUUCUGCGGGAAGUUCUUCACCCAGACCUCCAACCUCAGGGUUCACAUGAGGAAGCACACGGGCGAGAAGCCGUACUUCUGCAGCUCGUGUGGCAAAAUGUUCGCCCGCAGGGACAGCCUGGGUUUGCACAUGAGGGUCCACACGGGCGAGAAGCCGCACAGGUGUCACUUCUGCGAGAAGACCUUCACCCAGACCUCCAACCUCAGGGUUCACAUGAGGAAGCACACGGGCGAGAAGCCGUACUUCUGCGACACCUGCGGCAAAAUGGUGGCGCACUCGUAUCACCUGAAGAUAUGCUCCAGACAGACCUCAUGCACGACAGACAUCACCGGGGAGAGGGCGUUUCGCUGCUUCCGGUGUGGCAAAAAGUUUCACACGAUUUCAGACCUGAACGUGCACAUGAAGAUCCACGAAGCGAGAAAAUCGCACGCGCUUGUGCAGGUUUUCUCUUAA